UUAUGAUUUCUAACAUUUUCAAACCAAAAAAAUAAUAGCUAUUGUAAGAAGGACAAUAAAACAUUUCAUUAGGCAAAUUAGUCAAGUUUUCACACUAUGAAACCAUUUUCAAAUAUUCCUUCUUUGCGGUUUUAAGUAACUUAGAAUUUUUAUUGCUCAUAGUCAUUAUUUCUUUGUACAGCUUGGAUAUCAUCUAAUUUUAAUAAUUUCUAAAAGAGAAGAAUUUAAGAAGGUUCGAUUGGUGUGAUCUUAAGUGGAUGUUGAUAGGAUUAAUCUUAAUUCAUGUAAGUCAAUUUUUUAUUGAUUAAGAUCACAAAAGAAAUCAAUAGAUAUUUGGUAUAUGAUUAUGUUAGCAAUUCUCUUGACAAAAAAUACGUUGGUUAUGAUAGAUAAUUAAGGAUUUAAAAAAUUGUUAAAUGGAUUUAUGAUACUUUUUACUACUCAUUAGCUACAAUCUUUGCAUAUGUAGUUUUCAGACAUGAAAAAUGGUUCCCAACUUAAUUAGGAGGCACAAAUUUUACAGAAACUAUGUAUGAUUUUCCUAAUAUGCCUGAUGUACAAUUUUAAAUAAAUAAUUUAAGAAUCCUUGGGUUCCAUUUUAUUACAUGAUUUAAGCCUCAAGUCAUGUUCAUGCUUUAUUAUUAUUAAUGAUUUAUGGUACAAAAAUAGAAUUGAAGUAUUGGGAAUAUUUACUUCAUCAUUUCUUAGCUGUAAGCCUACUUUAUUUUUCGACCAUUUAUAAUUGUGAAAGUAUCGGAAUUGUUGUUUUGGUGCUCCAUGAUUUUAGUGAUUUCUUUCUUGCUUAUGGAAGAACUUAUGCAGAUAUUGGAAAGAAUAAGAUAAUCGUUUAUAUAAGUUUCUCAGCAAUUCAAAUUUCUUGGCUAUAUACUAGAAUCUAUGUAUUCCCUAUUAAGAUUUAUGAUAUCAUUACUUACCACCCUGGGUUUUCACUUUAUUGGUAUUAAAUCAAUUCUAUAAAUAUAGGGAAAAUACUAAACAUGCCUUAUAUAAUUAAGUUGGUUUGAUGAUUGUACUAUUUGGAAUGCACAUAUAUUGGACUAUUUUCAUGGUGAAAGUAGGUAUUGGAAUCUUCUCUGCAGGAAAAUAUAAAAAUGUCUAUGAUAAUAGAGAAAAUAAGUUAGACCACAAAAAAGAAGAAUGAUAAAUUCUUAUUAUCAUAUCAUAUAUAUAUAUAUAUGGG